AUGAAUGACCAAACACCUCAACCAGAACAAGUUUUACCUGUCAUUCAAAAGCUAUCUGCACCCGAUGCCACUGAACGCGCUUGGGCUGCAGCAUGUGUUUCCAACUUGGUUAUGGCGGGCACUUCUGUUCGCAAGCUCUUAUUGUCAAAGGGCACCAUACCCCUUUUAUUGGAACGUUUGUCCGACGAUCAAUAUGAAGUGUUGGAAGAAUCAAUGGGUGCUUUGAGGUUAGUUUUUUGCAAAGGAAUAUUUCAAGCGCGAUAUCCUCAAUCCGCUAUUUCACACACGAUCGAUCUUGUAUUGCAAAAUGCACCUCUCGCAGAUGAGGCUGAUCAGGACAGACGCCGUACAAUUUGGGAUCUUGCCGAAAACUUUAUCUAUGUUGUUUGGAGUAUAUGUGAGGCAUCGGACAAGUAUAUCAAAGCUGUGAACCAACUCAACAUCAUCACAUUUCUGAUCUCGUUCUUAUCCUCCGCUGACCAAUGCCCUACUCAUGUUGUUGUUGCUGCUGGUCAAUGCUUAACUACCCUGACUGAUAACAACAAGGACAUCUAUAUUGAAUUCCAAAAUCACCCCGAGUAUGUCAAGAUGCUCUUUGAUAUCCUUCAAAAGUUCCAAGAUCCCUCCAUGAAUUUAGUGCGCGUGCUUGCUUGUGCAAUUUUGACAAAUAUCCGCGAAGUCGUAUUGACGCAAGAAACAUGGGAUGAUAGUCAGGAUGGUUCUAGCGAACUGAACAAGACUCUUUUACCGAUUCUGUCUUCUUCUUUGAACUUUGAUAUUCAAGAGGCCGCUGAAAAGACAAUUUCGGCUAUGAAAAGUGGCAACGUGACUAAGCAUGAAGAUAGCGGUGAUAUUGCACCCAGACCCAAGCACGCGACGACUAAAGAGGAGACGUAUAUUGAAAAUUUGGAACACCGUUUGUCCACGCUACAAUUGGCACUUGAAUUGCUCGCCAACAUUUGUGCCCAAGACGAUGCCGAAGAGGAUGGAUGGGAAGAUGCCGAUGAAAACAUGGCAGAUGACGACGAAGAACCAGAAGAAGUGACCGAGGAAAACGUGGAGGACUUAUUGAAGGACGGCGAAAACCUGGAUCAGAAGACCUCUACUGCUGUUGAUGACCAAUUGAUUCGUACCAACCCUAUUCUCCGCUCCUUCAUCACUGAUAUUUCCCCUCAAUUGAUUCAGUUAGCAUCACUUACUCCACUGUCAUUCCCAUCGGAACCUAUUGCCCCUGCUAUUACAGAUGCUCUGGUGUUGACCCAUCAGCGUGCGUUGGAGUGCUUCAACAACUUUUUGCUUGCAAUGGCUGAACUACCCUCCAAGUUUUGGUUCAAGGAGCACAAAUCCGAUGCUUGCCAAGCUUGGCGCUGGCUGUUCAAUUUGGCAAACACAGUUGGCUCGGCCCAAUCGAGUCAGGCACGUGACGAAUUGAUAGAGAUCAUUGUUGGCUGUCUGUGGUCCCUUGGUCGUGGCCUCGGUCAAGAUAUUCCUUUGGAAACCGCAGAUGUUACUUCCUUGUUUGGAGCUUACCAUGCCACUACUUCAGAGUCAAUGCGCGUGAAAAUUAUUGGUUGUUUGGGCCCGAUUGCUAUGCGACAAGGAGCAGUUGAAGCCAACAAGGAAAUUGGAAGCUUCUUCAUGGAAGUUUUAAGAAAUGUCACCUCUCGUCAAACAGCACCAGCUGUUGCGGUGGAAGCAUUGAAUUGCAUCUUCGACGUCUACAGUGAUUGCGCUUUUGAUUAUGAUAUGCCUGUUUUUGUCCAAGGCAACUUUUUAUUACAACUCAAGGUCCUUGUACCAACUAUUCGCACUAUGACCAAAAACAUCGACCGAAGAAAGAACUUUGAUCUGCGAUCAAGAAGCGAUGAAGCACUCAUGAAUCUCGUCGCUUUUAAUAAAUAUAAAGCCAACGAAAAGCGUCAAUAA